UUUGUUUCUUUUUUUUUUUUUUUGAUUCGGAUUUGGAUAACCUAGUGGCUUCCACAUGAAGACCAUGUCGCGCUUUGGCCUGCGCCGUGGCUUCAAAUUGUCAGCGAAUGAGGAGCAGCAACAACAACAACAACAACAACAGCAACAGCAGGUCAAUGGGAAGAAUCCAAUUGGACCAACUGAAGCUACACCGCCGCCAACUGCUAGAAAGAGAAGACAACAGCAACAACAGCAGCAACAACAACAACAGAUAAAAAAGGAUAGGGAUAAAGAGCGAGAGCGUGAAAUCGAGGAGGAGCAGGAUAUGGAGGAGCAGGAACGGGAACGGGAACAGGAGGAGACAAAACGAACAUUGGUGCCAUCUCUUAUAUGUAGUCUCCCAUUGGAACGUUUGCCACGCCUCAUGGAGAAAUUGCAACAAAUAAUGAACGAUGAGCAACGACGAAGGCGAAGUGGAGUGGCCAGUUGCUCCAUCACCUCCUCCAACACCACCAGCAGCUCCACCACCUCAUUCUCAUUGCCAUCGAUUAAAAUCUUGUGUUUGUACUGUGAUAAGAAGUUCGCCUCCGGCAAGCUCCAGGCAAAGCAUAUGGAGAAAUUCCAUACCGAACGCCAGGAGAGACGUUGCAGUGGACGCUCCACAGGAUCAACUCCAUCAACAUCAUCGAGAUCCACAAAUCCCGCCAAUGGUUUUCCUGGUUGUCAUCAUUGCAAAGACCAUCAAGGCAAUCAUGGGACCAACGCUAAUGGCACCACCAGCAGCAGUAGCGGCAGCAACAGCUCCUCCUUAUCCAAACAGAUCUGCCUAACAGUUCCACAGUUGGAUGAAUUAUUUCAUCAUCUAAUGGAUGGUCAUGCGGAUAAAUAUUUCGCCUGUCAAUUGUGUCGUUGGCGUUUUCAAGAUGCCGAUCAAUUGGUUACACAUAUGCAACAGCAGCAUGAUCAGCACCAGGAUAUACACACCACACGACCACCUGCACCAUCAACAACAUCAACUGGGUGUGGUCAGGAGCAAUCUGAGUUCAAGAGAUUGGGUCUAAUGGGUGGCGAUGAGCCGAUGUUAAAUCGUUUGGGUCUCACUCAGAAUCGUUUGCCAAGUCAAAGGAAUAGGGAGCAGACAGGAGCAGGAGGGGGAGGAGGAGCUGUUGGGGCAGCAACUGUAGCUGGAACUGGAGGAGCUGCGACCAAGUCGCGUAGCAGCAGUCGUAUGGCUCAAAAACUAUUGCCACCAUCUCUUUCCAGUUCAUCAUUAUCCUUGUCAUUGGAAGUACAUACAACCAAUAUAACAGAUGCCGUUUUCCGUUUGCCCAGCACCGGCGGUGGCAUCACUAGCAACGCUAACAGCAGCAGCAGCAGCACCACCACCACCACCUCCUCCAGCACCUCAAAUUUCUCCAAUCAAAUGUUUGAUGAGAAUUUCUACAAGGAUGUGGUCCACAAUGUUCGUCAUAAUCUACAAAAUUAUCUCGAUGGGCGUUUACAAUUUAGUUCCGCCAACAUCAACAUCAACACCAACUCCACCUCCAGCUCCAGCUCCAGCUGCACCGCCAGUUCAACAACGGAAUUGUUUCGACUGCAUAGUGCCAGCCAAUUGAAUCCUGGUGCAGCUGCCUCCUAUCCAACUCUACUGACUGCCGAGCAAUUUGGUGCCAAUGCCGAAUUGCCACCAUUGGCCAAAUUUCGUCGCCGUCCUCAUACAAAGCACAGCUGGAAAUGGAAAUGGGAUUAUGUUAAAAAAUUCACCCUAAUCAAUGAGGGUGGACGUCUAGUGAAGAAACUGAAACCACUCACAUUUCUUGGCCAGCGUGAUCUCUCCAAGCUCGACAUGUGGACACAAAUGACAAUGCGACAAAAAUAUGAUGAUAACAACGAAAACUAUGACGCUGGAGGUGGACGACAACCGCAUAAUCAUUAUCAAUCCCAAAGCCAUGCACAACCACAGAUCAGGGUGGAUCAGAAGCUAAUGGAGCAACGAUUACUUCUGGAGCAACUUAAUCUUAUAUUGGAUCAUCGUCUGUUGCCGCACAUAAUUCUGGAGCAGAAUGAGCAGGCCAUCAUCAAGUGUGAGAAUGAGAAUGAUAGCUAUAAUCAAGAUCAAGAGGAUGAAUUGCAUCAUCAUCAAUUGAUGGCUUCACCGCAUAGUCAAACGUUUGCCGAUGAAAGUUUUCUCUCGAUGCUUCAACUGCAGCAUAAUUCACUGAAGAAAUUCUCCUCAAGUGGUGUCGCCACUUCAUCAUUACCAUCAUCAUCAUCCUCUUCGUUGGUUUUAAGCGGGGAAUGUGCACGUCCACGUCUCUACUUAUGCAUUUGCUGUGGAGCCAAAUUCGAGCAACGUAAAUCAUUGGAGGAGCACAAAACUUUCCGCCAUUCGCAUAUAUAUGCCACACACUAUGAAGUUGUUGGCCGGGAACUGCUGGCCGGGAAUCUCCUACGUCACUUAUUUAUACCCAAAAGGGCAUUGAGUCGUUAUGCGCGUGAGAGUAGCUGCAUUCAUAAGCAGGAGACGCAGCAACAGGAAGAGGAGACUACCUCAUUGUCCUCAUCAUCGCGUUCAUCAUUUGAGGUAUCAUCAUCGACACCAACGCCAUUAACUGAAGAUCAGCAGCAACUCCAGCAGCAGCAACAACAACAACACCAACAGCAACAGAAACAAUCGCCAUCAUCCAUUGCAUCUGUAUCCGCCGCAUCCACCUCAACGUCAUCGAUUUCCUCAUCCUCAACCUGUACGAAAUGUGGCCGAAAAUGUAGCGGCCUUAUGGAUCUCUAUCGCCAUAUGUUGGACUGUUCCGGUGAUUAUAUCUGGUCAUUGGCCAAAAAGCGAAAAUAUCGCUAUUAUUGUGGCACCAAGAAGCGUCGUCCUUGCAGCAGGAAACUCAUACGUCAUCAUCUGUCUUCGUCGGCGAAAAAAAAGCAAAAAGUCGAAGCCCUCAUGGCUGAUGAUGGCGAUGAUGAUGGCGACGAUGAUGGCGAAGGUGAAGCAGAUGCGGAUGUCGAUGCCGAUGCGGAUGCUGAAGCUGAUGGUGGAGAGGAGAGUGGUUCAAGUUCAUCCAAGAUGAAAUUGAAUCAAUCCACGUCGCCACGCCAAAGGCCAAGCGAUGGUGAGUUAUUAUUAACCACUGAUCCCAUUGAUGAUUCAUCCACAUCCACAUCUACUACAUCUUCAUGCAAUCAUCUCAUUGCAGCCGAAUCCAUACGCAAAAUGUUGGAGAAUUUGCCCGCCAAGCGUGUAUGUAAGAAGAUCUUUCCAAUGGAUAACAAGGCCAAAAAGAAAACCAAAUCGAGCACCAACAGCAGCAGCACCACCAGCAGCAGCAGCACAAUCAAAAAGAUUCUCAAUCAACAAUCAAGUCUCCGGAAUACCCGAUCCUCUCGUGCAAUGUCACAACAUAAUCCUCAACAUCAACAUCAGCGCCAAUUACGACCACAAAAGAUGAAAGCAACGCCAGCAGCAGCAGCAGCAUCCUCCUCACAAGAAACUAUUCCAAUGAAGGUAAAGCCAAUCACUGCCAAAGAUGAGUUGCCCGCGCUGGAGGUAAAGAUUAAGGAAAAGGCAAAGUCAGAGACUCCACCACCCCCAGCACCUUCUGCUGCGCCUGAGCCUGUUCCUGCUGCCCCGGUGACGCCGUCUUCAACUGCCGCUGCAUCAGCUACACCAGCAGCUCCUGUUUCACCCACACUUAGUAAGCAAUUGAUGCCCACACCACCGACCACACCAGCUCCCGCUUCUGCUCCAGCAGCAAUUUUGCCACACUCCGCACCAACGACUGCCAAUCCGCCAUAUCCAAAACGGAGUAAGAGGAUUAGCGAUUGCAUUGCCAUGUUAACCGGUAAGCUGGAGGAGAAGCUUAAGACUGAGAUGCCCACACACACCACAGGGGGAGAGAAGGCGUCACCACUGGCGUUAGCUGGUGGGGGAGACAAGGAGCUACAGCUACAGCCAAAGACACCAAAACGGAAGGCCAUUUCUAGGCGUAUUAUCAAAGUGGAUACAACCACCACCAGCAGCAACACCACCACCACCACCACCACCACCACCAACAACAACAACACAAGGAGGAGUCCCAGUCCGGUUGUGGAGACAAAACCGCCAACUGCAACACCAAUUGCUGCUGUAGUUGAGCCAAUUGCUCCAACACCGAUUGCGACAACUAAACCAGUUCCAAUUCCGCUUCCAGUAGUGGCUCCAGCGGCUGUUCCAAUACCAGCACCGGCUCCAGCAUUACCUCCUGCCGAGAAACUACCACCAAAAGUGGAUGCAGUUGCUCCAAUUCUACCCAUUCCCGUGCCAAUUCCCAAUCUCAUGGUCAUUACACGACGUACACCCACUAAGGCAGCAUCCAAACAAAUGGUGGUGGCUCCACCAGCAUCAGCACCACCAGCAGGACCAGUACCACCAUCAGUACCAGUACCAUAUCCAUCAUUGGGAUCCCUUAAGCAAUAUCCCAUGGAGCAAUUAACGCCACCAACGCCAACGCCGCCGCCGCCGCCACCAACAGCAGCAGCACCACCACCACCACCACCACAAAAACUGACCAAGCCCAUUGCAGUUCCUCCAUUGCCAUUGCCAUUGCCAGUGGUGGCAUCUCUGCCGAUGCCACAAAUGCCACCACAGCCAUCUGCUGCUGCCACAGGAGGACCUGUACCGGGUGUGGCUAUGCCUGUUGCAGUGGCCAUGCCCGUGCCAGUGCCCGUGCCAGUGCCCCUGCCGGUGGCGAUGCCCGUCAAGAUGUUGCCCAAAUUGCCAUUAUUCAUGCCGGUUAAUAUGAAUCCGCAAAUGCAUAGUCAGACACAACCCACCAUCUAUAUGAUGGACACGGGACAGCCAUUGAAUUUGAGUCAUCAACGUGGAGCUGAUGCUGCCCAUUCCAAAGCCCCAACCGAAAUGGUAGAUGCUCAUCAGCAUCGAGCAGGUGGAAUGCCAUCAAGACGUCAGACCAUUUGUGGCUUUGAGGCAAGAAACUUAUUAAAUUUGGAUAACCUGGACAAUAUGGAGCCAUUGGAUUUGUCUCAAAAAACCAAACGGAAAUUUUCACCAGCUCCAGCUCAUCCUGCUCCUCCGCCACCACCAUCAUCUCUAGCCCAUCCUCCCGCGCCACAACAGCAGCAACUAUAUAGUCAGCAGCCCCCAUCUCUGGUAGAUCCAUUGGCUCUGGCUCCACCUCCCCCGCUACCACCGCCUCCUGCUCAAAGCAGCCAAAGCUAUUAUUCCAAUUUAGAUCUGCUCAAGAUACCACAAGUGCGUAAUCCUAGUGCGGUAUCGAUUGGUGGUGCUAAUCCAACGAUGCCACCAGCGGCCACAACGCCGCCAACUCCAUUGAAAGCCACAGGCAAGAAACGCUCCACCGCGGAGCCAACAAUGAUGGGAGCGGCGGCGGCGACCACAACGACAGCGACUGGAGGGGGGGUAGGAGGUAAAAAGGAUGCGAGCGGCAAAGGCGGACAAAUGAAGUCAUGUCCUCGGAUGGAUGAGGUGAUCAAUAAUCAUAUUGAUGAUGCCAUCAAUUCUGUGAUUUUGGCCGUACAGGCUAGCCUACCCCAGGAUGAUGAUGAUGUUGUCGUUGCCAUGGCACCGGAUGGAGAGGAGAGAAACUCCUCCAAAAAGACAAAAGCAAAGGGAGCUCAUCUGGUGCAGCAGCUGGAAGGAGGAGCAUUCGCUCCACAGAAACUAUCACCAAAGAAACGAACAAUGCGCUCCAAGACAAUUGAUUGUCGUUCUCUUCUCCUGAUGGCGGAUGACGAAGAGAAUCACUCCAAACCAGUUCUCCAGGCCGUGCCAGCGUCCCUUCCAGUUGCUGUUCCAAUGCCUGUGCCUGUGCCGAUACCCAUGCCGAUGCCGAUGUCAGCAAUUGUUGAGGCAACUCCUCCUCCUCCACAACGUCAACUUCAAUCUCAAUCUCCUCAUAUGCUGCCUCCUCCAGCAGCGGCUAUUCAAUUGAUGCCAUCAAUUAAUGGUGAGACAGAAAUCCAAGGCAAAACCACUGAGGAUAUGUGUGCAGCAGCUCCUGUACAAGCAAUUGUGUGCCAUAAAGAAGAAGAUAACUCCUGCAUAGCAGGUCAUAGAGCCGAUGAAGCAUCUGCUCAGCCAGCGUUUGCCAUUUCACCGCCACGUCUCCUGUCACCUGCUCCGUUCUCGCCACCAAUAACCUUUGAUGCGAGUACACCACAAUCUCCAUCACCUCCACCUCCUCCUUCUCCUCUUCCGCCUUCUCGGCCACCUCCGCCGAGUUCUCCAACACCACCACCACGUGAUGCGCCUCCAGUCAAUUGUCCGACUUCCAGUCCAUCUUCUCCUGUUCCUGCUCGUCAAACAGCAUCUCCUCUUCCUCCUCCUGCUUCUCCUAGUCCGCCUGCUUCGCCUACCCCAUGUGUCUCCGCUCCCUCUGUGGCUGUCUCUGUCAUUUCUGUGGCACCAACUCGUCCUUUGGCCACGCCACCUCCGACAGCAGAGACCAAUUGCAGCAGCAUACUCAUUGAGGAGCAUAGCAGCAAUCUAAACUCCAACAACAACAACACAUCCUCAGGAUUCCAUAGUCUUGCCCAAGAACAGACACAACCAACACCAGCCAUCAACACUUCAGUUCCACCUCAGCCGCCAGUUGAGAUGACGGAACCGGAGGCGGAGCCUGAACCAAAGCGGAUAGCUAGUCCCAUUCCUACGGCCAGUCCCACUCCCACCGUGCAGAAGAAGAAGCAACGACGAAGACGGAAAAAUGAAUUGGCCGCCAUUGUGGCGGAUCAAUUGCUCGAAAGCUUUAAGAUCGACAACGCACGACGGGAUAAUCUCAAGAAGCUGGAGAAUUUGGCCUACGAGAAGAGCGAGGAUUUGCUUAUAACUGGAAUGUUACUCAUGUCCAGCACCAAGAGAAAUGCAGCUACAAUCAAUGCCAAGCAGCAGCAGGCAGCAGCCAAGGAUAACAAGGAGUCGACUGAGAUAAUUACUAGCACCGCUCCAGCGACCCCCGGAAGACCACCGAAGCGUCGGCAGAGUUGUUAUUAUCGCCGUCAACCAGCAACCGCUCCACGCGGAGCUAAGACAACCGAAUCGAUUAGUAAAUUGAAAUCCUCACUCGAAUCCUUUUCCAUUGGCAUCGAGAAGCAAUUGCAGGCCAAGGAGGCAAAAGAGGCUAAGGAUGCAGCCGCUUUGCCGGCAGCAACAGCUAAAGAAAUAUCAUCUGCACCACCAGCACCAGCAGCUCCGACAGCUCCACCAGUGGCAGCGGCGGUGGCCACUUGCAUUUUAAGGCCAAGCAUACUGACCAAAGAGCCACCAGUUCCAGCAGUGGCAGCAGCGCCGCCAACCUAUAGCCGUGAUCCGCGUCUAAACAAGAAUAUACACAAAGAACCACCAACAGCUGGUGGCUACAAUGAGGAUAUGCAAUCAGGCGGUGGAACUGGUGGUGGUGGUGGUGUUGGUGGUGGAGCACCGCCUGUUGCUGGUGCCCCAGCCGCCACUCCACUGGCUUCCCACGAACAGGAGGAUGAUAAUUAUCUCACAGAGAUAGCCAAAAAUGUCAAUGAGAAGAUCAUGUCGGCCACAACCAAUGAGGAUUUCGAAUUUGCCAACGAUGAGUUCGAUCAGGAGCAGGAUCAGGAUCAAGAUCCCUAUCGCCCGGCCACUUCGAUGAGUGUGCGCAGUGCACCGAAUCUAAAUGAUGAUCACUCCAAUUUUGGUUCCAUGUGCGAUGAUAAUACCAAUACGGAAAUACUCGAUAUGGAUCUAGAUGAUGAGAUGAGCGUGUAUACCAGUUACUCCCAGGAUUUGGGUCGCGGUGGACGCGGACGUCGUCGACGCAGGCGCCGCAGUGUCCUGCUGACACGACGCCCCAAGAAACGGACACAGCGGAGCGAACUGGAUGCCCAGAAAUACGGUUGCAAGCUAUGUGGCAAGGACUUUUUCACCUCAACAUCGCUGGCCAAGCACAAUAUGACACUGGCCCAUGUGUCCAAGGUGUCGGAGCAAGAGUAUUUGCAAUCGCAAACGGCGCCCUCAAGUCCACAGCGGCCGGAUGGGGACGAUGACGAUGGCGAUAAUCAACAAAUGCGACCCAUCGAACAGCCAAGACCAAAGUCAGCAAUGGCUCAACAGAUGCGGGCAUCGGUGGUUAUGUCCCCGAUACUUUUACAGAGGCCUGAUCCGGAUAGAGAGAGAUUUAGGGACCAACUGCAGCACCAACAGCAGCAGCAGCAACAGCAACCGCAACAUUCUCAGCAUCAGCAUCAGCAGCAGCAGCAACAAAUGAUGCAGCAAUCUGAGCCUAGACAUCAUGUCAUCACGGAGGCCACACUGCGUCUGCAUGAUAAUCAGCAUAGUCCAGUGCGUCUUAAUCUCAACCCCGACGAGCGUCUCUUUUACGAAUGCUGUAAUAUACUGAAAAGUGCCGAAACGCCACGGCUAACCACAACACCAACGCCCAUGCCCACGUCCCAUUCAACAUCCGUGCCGGCAUCCGCACCCGCACCAGGAACAACAACAGCGUCCGUGCACGUACCAACCAUGCCCAUGACAUCGGUUAUAGUGAGUGCCGGGCGUAAACCGCCACCACCACCGCCACCAGCAUCGCCUUCGCCAUCCCCAUCACCAUCGCCAUCUCCAUCACCUUCGCCACCACCAAUGAUGCCAUCGGUGGUGCAGCCAGCAGCUCCGCCAGCGGCCACAGUUUGCCAUCAACCGGUUAUACAGCAACUUUUCCGUAAUCCACCCGCAGCCACGCCCACAAAUCAUCAUCGUCUGUCGCCCAGUUAUUCGGCCAUCUCACAAUUCUCGGCCACAACAACAUCAAGAUUCAAAACGAAGGCUGCCAUGAAGGGUUACGAUGAAAAUGUUGUCCAUCUGCAGCUGCAGGAUAUGAACGAUAUGACGGGACAGAAAUCUGGACGCGCUGUUUGCAAACUAACCGAACUGGCUGACAUUGCCUUGGCUGGCAGUGAGAAGCCUGGCGGAGAUUAUAUGCUAACGCAGGCCACGCCCACGGCAACACCAACGCCCACCACACCGACACCGAUAGCCACACCCACGGCCAUGGCAAUACCACCACCGACACCGACGGCCACAGUGGAACCGCAUCAAAGUUCGACAUCAUCGAAGACAAUAAUGCAUGGUUCAGAUAUUAUCAAAGCGGCCGCCGGAGUGGUCAGUUCGGCCACAUUGCCGCCCGCCUCCGGACGGAUUAUCAUACCGGAGCGACCAUUCAAAAACAUUGGACUGGAGGAGAAGGCGACCAUAACUUUCCAGAAGCCAAAGACGAGUGUUAAUCUUCUCACCGAGGAUAACAAUAGUGUAUCCACGGCAAGUUAUUCGGAUCGAGAUGAUUAUGAUUUCGGUACGCUCAGCUGUGAGGAUAUCGAAGGCGAGGGCGAAGGAGAGCUCGAGGUGGAAGCUGAGGUGAUUCAGCGUACGGAUCCAGUUAGGGCAGCCAAAUCGGGCAAUCGUGUGAUCAGUUCAUCCAGCUCCUCGUCAUCAUCAUCCUCUUCAUCGUCGUCGUCAUCGGCCACAUUGCAGGGAAAGAGUAGCAGUAGCAGCAGCAGCUCAUCCAGUCGUGCCACGGCCAAGACAUUCGAGAACAAGUCCUUGAUCAUGGGUCGCAUCUUUAAGCAUGCCAGCAGCACUAAGGCCGCACCAGUUCCGUUGGCGAAAAUCCAUAAAGCAGCGCCCAAGGAUCAGGCCAACUUGGAUCAAAUCUUUGAUGAGCUCAGAGGUGGUGGUGGCGCAGGUACCGGAACCGGAACCGGAACCGGACCACCAUCAGGUGGAUCGACAGCAAUUUCAUCUAUAACCAAGCUAACCGAUAAUCAAAUGGCAUCAGCUGUAGAAGAAAGAUGGCCACCAGCGGCCACCAGUGGUGCUGGUCAACAUAUGGAGCCAAUGGUGGCACCACAACCAUCCAUGGUGCCCGCAUCCAUGCCAGCACCAAGUCAACCAUUACCGAAUGCCAGAAAUCUCAAUAGGAAAGCUACCACAAAGGCGACCAAGCAGACCAAAAAGACAACUGCUAAAUCUGCUGGAGCCGCAGCUAGUAAAGCAACUGUCAAGCCACCUGCUCCUCAGAAAGCUGCUGCUGCUUCAUCACGAAAGCCACGCAAAGAUCUCCAUAAAUUGCAAUCCGAACUGGGUAUGAGCCCCGAAGAGAUUGAACAACUUAUCGAUGAGGGACAACGUAAAUCCAAGCGACGCUGUGCCACCAAUCGUCCCAAGAAGUUGGUGGAAACCUGGAGUUCUGACGAGUACGAAGAGUUCUUGUCCACCAAGGACAUCAUAGCCCUCAUAGAGGAGAAGGAGCAACAAGAGCAGCGACGUAAACGCAAAACGAGUGAAGUAACCAACAAUGCGACGUCAUCAAAUCAGCCAAUGGACCCAAUGGAACAAGCUCCACCACAGCCUCCACCCCCGCCGCCGCCGCCAUUGACGAUACCCAAGGGCAAGAAGCAGGCCAAAACGACAGCAAAGGCCAAACUUAAGAAUGGCAAUGAAAGAAAACCAAAAGGUGAACAAAAACCAAUCGAGCAGCCGCCGGUGGAGCAGGUGACAGCAACAAAAGCUCCUCGUCCUCGACAACGUGGCAAAAACAAUCAAUUGCAACCACCACCACCGCCAGCACCACCAACGCCACCUGCCAAAUCAAAAUCAAAGGCCAAAUCGUCACCUGCUGCAAAAAAGAAUCCAAAGAGUUCGGUUUCGCGUAGGCGCAAGAAACAGCAAGUGGAUGAGGAAGAGCAAGAACAGUUGCAGAAACAGGAACGUGAGCGGGAGCAGGAGCAGGAGCAGGAGCCGGAGCCGGAGCCGGAGCAGGAGAAAAAGGUGACAAGAACACGAAGUUCUAGACAACAGCAGACAAGCAAAACGCGACUGCCACCUGCCCGCGAAAUGGUUGAGGAUGGAGCCAAAGAGCAACAUGGUUCAGGUUUUAAUCAUUUUAAUGCCACCAACACAACGGCUACCGCAACGACGACGACGACUAGCUCCGGCACAAGCAAUCCGAAGGUCAAGUCACGCAAGUCUGGUAAAAGUGGGUCAUCCAGCGCUACAGCUGCAACAACUCCAGCAACUCUAGCAACUCCAGCACUGACAACAACUCCAACAACAACGACGACUACGACCACGACGACGACGAAUAAUAACAACAACAGCAGCAGCAGUAAUAAAAAUCUGAAAAGCAAACGUAAAUCGCAAACAAAUCAUCAAUCACCAGCCCGACGAAAACGUCCGGCCAGUGAGAAGCAAUUGUACUAUUGGAGCAGUUCCAGUGAUGAUGAAUUCGGUCGUCUGGAUGAUGAGGAUGAUGGCCAAGCUGAUGAUGAUAAUGUUGACGCUGCAGGUGUCGAACAAGGGCAACAUCCAUCUGGCGUGGCUUUGCAUAAGGAGGGGAAUCAGAAUAAAAUGGAGCAUCAUCAUCAUCCGCAUCCGCAUCAUCAUUCAAGCCGUGCCGAGCAACAACAACUUCAAAUCCAACAACAGCAACAGCAACAUCAACAACAACAACAACAACAGCAGGAACAACAUUUCGAUGAGAGUGAGCCAUAUCAGAAGCAUGGCUGGAUUGUGGGUGAUUCGCACAAGAAGCUGGUCAAGCUACUGGCCAUUGCCAAGGGCAAUAAAAAGGUAGAUAAUUGCCGUGUCAAGCGUCGAACGCCCAAACGCAAAUGCUAGACUGAGACAGAGACAGCGAGAAAGAGAGAGAGAGGGAAUAAUAAAUGAGAAAUGAAAAGCAGUAGGCGGAUGGGUGGGUGGUGGAGUAGGGGCAGCUAGGCGCCGGCAGCCAACUGAAUCCCUGAAUUAUAUUUGGCUCCAUCUCGACAUCAUCUAAACCAUUAUCAUCCAUCAUCAUCAUCCAUAA